ACAACUGUAGAAUCUAAAACAACAGAAGCCAUCACUACAACUGUAGAACCUACAACAACGGAAGCUAUCACUACAACUGUAGAACCUACAACAACAGAAGCUAUCACUACAACUGUGGAACCUACAACAACCGAAGCUGCCACUUCUACUGUAGAACUUACAACAACUGAAGAUAUGACUUCAACUGUAGAACCUACAACAACGGAAGCUAUUACUACAACUGUGGAACCUUCAACAUCAGAAGCUAUCACUACAACUGUGGAAUCUUCAACAUCAGAAGCUAUCACUACAACUGUGGAAUCUACUACAACAGAAGCCAUCACUACAACUAAGCUAUCACUACAACUAACCUACAACAACGGAAGCUAUCACUACAACUGUGGAAUAUUCAACAUCAGAAGCUAUCACUACAACUCUAUCACUACAACUCUGGAACCUACAACAACCGAAACUGCCACUACUACUUUAGAACUUACAACAACUGAAGAUAUAACUUCAGCUGUAGAACCGACAACAACAGCAGCUGUCACUACAACUGUUGAAUCUACAACAACAGAAGAUAUCACUACAACUUUAGAACAUACAACAACGGAAGCCAUCACUACAACUGUACAACCAACAACAACGGAAGCUGCCACUACUACUGUAGAACUUACAACAACUGAAGAUAUAACUUCAACUGUAGAACCUACAACAACAGAAGCUAUCACUACAACUGUGGAACCUACAACAACCGAAGCUGCCACUACUACUGUAGAACUUACAACAACUGAAGAUAUUACUUCAACUGUAGAACCUACAACAACGGAAGCUAUCACUACACCUGAGGAACCUACAACAACAGAAGCUAUCACUACAACUGUGGAACCUACAACAACCGAAGCUACCACUACUACUUUAGAACUAACAACAACUGGAGAUAUAACUUCAACUGUAGAACCUACAACAACAGCAGCUGUCACUACAACUGUUGAAUCUACAACAACAGAAGGUAUCACUACAACUUCAGUACAUACAACAACGGAAGCCAUCACUACAACUGUAGAACUUACAACAUCCGAAGCUGCCACUACUACUGUAGAACUUACAACAACUGAAGAUAUAACUUCAACUGUAGAACCUACAACAACGGAAGCUAUCACUUCAACUGUAGAACCUACAACAAACGAAGCUGCCACUACUACUGUAGAACUUACAACAACUGAAGAUAUAACUACAACUGUUGAAUCUACAACAACAGAAGCUAUCACUACAACUGUGGAACCUACAACAACCGAAGCUGCCACUACUACUUUAGAACUAACAACAACUGGAGAUAUAACUUCAACUGAACCUACAACAACGAAAGCUGUCACUAUAACUAUUGAAUCUACAACAACAGAAGCUAUCACUACAACUGUGGAACCUAUAACAACCGAAGCUGCCACUACUACUUUAGAACUUACAACAACUGAAGAUAUAACUUCAACUGUAGAACCUACAACAACGAAAGCUGUCAGUACAACUGUUGAAUCUACAACAACAGAAGCUAUCACUACAACUGUGGAACCUACAACAACCGAAGCUGCCACCACUACUUUAGAACUAACAACAACUGGAGAUAUAACUUCAACUGUAGAACCUACAACAACGGAAGCUAUCACUACAAGUAAGGAACCUACAUCAACAGAAGCUUUGACUACAACUGUAGAAACUACAUCAACAGAAGGUAAAACUACAACUGUAAAACCUACAACAACGGAAUCAAUCACUACAACUGUGGAACCUACAACAACCGAAGCUGCCACUACUACUGUAGAACUUACAACAACUGAAGAUAUAACUUCAACUGUAGAACCUACAACAACAGAAGCUAUCACUACAACUGUGGAACCUACAACAAACGAAGCUGCCACUACUACUUUAGAACUAACAACAACUGGAGAUAUAACUUCAACUGUAGAACCUACAACAACAGCAGCUGUCACUACAACUGUUGAAUCUACAACAACAGAAGAAGCUAUCACUACAACUGUGGAACCUACAACAACCGAAGCUGCCACUACUACUGUAGAACUUACAACAACUGAAGAUAUAACUUCAACUGUAGAACCUACAACAACGAAAGCUGUCACUACAACUGUUGAAUCUACAACAACAGAAGCUAUCACUACAACUGUGAAACCUACAACAACCGAAGCUGCCACUACUACUUUAGAACUAACAACAGCUGGAGAUAUAACUUCAACUGUAGAACCUACAACAACGGAAGCUAUCACUACAACUGUAGAACCUACAACAACCGAAGCUGCCACUACUACUGUAGAACUUACAACAACUGAAGAUAUAACUUCAACUGUAGAAUCUACAACAACGGAAGCUAUCACUACAACUGUAGAACCUACAACAACGGAAGCUAUCACUACAACUGUGGAACCUACAACAACAGAAGCUGCCACUACUACUUUAGAACAUACAACAACUGAAGAUAUAACUUCAACUGUAAAACCUACAACAACAGCAGCUGUAACUACAGCUGUUCAAUCUACAACAACAGAAGAUAUUACUACAACUUCAGAACCUACAACAACGGAAGCCAUCACUACAACUGUGGAACCUACAACAACCAAAGCUGCCACUACUACUGUAGAAAUUACAACAACUGAAGAUAUAACUUCAACUGUAGAACCUACAACAACACAAGCUAUCACUACAACUGUAGAACCUACAACAGAAGCUAUCACUACAACUGUGGAACCUACAACAACCGAAGCUGCCACUACUACUGUAGAACUUACAACAACUGAAGAUACAACUUCAACUGUAGAACCUACAACAACAGAAGCUAUCACUACAACUGUAGAACCAACAACAACAGAAGCUAUCAGUACAACUGUGGAACCUAAAACAACCGAAGCUGCCACUACUACUGUAAAACUUACAACAACUGAAGAUAUAACUUCAACUGAAGAAUCUACAACAACAGAAGAUAUCACUACAACUGUGGAAUCUUCAACAACAGAAUCUAUCACUACAACUUUGGAACCUACAACAACAGAAGCUUUGACUACAACUGUAGAACCUACAACAACAGAAGGUAUAACUACAACUGUAAAACCUACAACAACGGAAUCAAUCACUACAACUGUGGAACCUUCAACAUCAGAAGCUAUCACUACAACUGUGGAACCUUCAACAUCAGAAGCUAUCACUACAACUGUGGAACCUUCAACAUCAGAAGCUAUCACUACAAGUGUGGAAUCUCCAACAUCAGAAGUUAUCACUACAACUGUAGAAUCUACAACAACAGAAGCCAUCACUACAACUGUAGAACCUACAACUACGGAAGUUAUCACUACAACUGUAGAACCUACAACAACAGAAGCUAUCACUACAACUGUGGAACCUACAACAACCGAAGCUGCCACUUCUACUAUAGAACUUACAACAACUGAAGAUAUAACUUCAACUGUAGAACCUACAACAACGGAAGCUAUCACUACAACUGUGGAACCUACAACAACAGAAGCUAUCACUACAACUGUGGAACCUACAACAACUGAAGAUAUAACUUCAACUGUGGAAUCUACAACAACGGAAGCUAUCACUACAACUGUAGAACCUACAACAACGGAAGCUAUCACUACAACUGUGGAACCUACAACAACCGAAGCUGCCACUACUACUUUAGAACAUACAACAACUGAAGAUAAAACUUCAACUGUAAAACCUACAACAACAGCAGCUGUAACUACAACUGUUGAAUCUACAACAACAGAAGAUAUCACUACAACUUCAGAACCUACAACAACGGAAGCCAUCACUACAACUGUUGAACCUACAACAACCAAAGCUGCCACUACUACUGUAGAAAUUACAACAACUGAAGAUAUAACUUCAACUGUAGAACCCACAACAACACAAGCUAUCACUACAACUGUAGAACCUACAACAGAAGCUAUCACUACAACUGUGGAACCUACAACAACCGAAGCUGCCACUACUACUGUAGAACUUACAACAACUGAAGAUACAACUUCAACUGUAGAACCUACAACAACAGAAGCUAUCACUACAACUGUAGAACCAACAACAACAGAAGCUAUCAGUACAACUGUGGAACUUAAAACAACCGAAGCUGCCAUUACUACUGUAAAAAUUACAACAACUGAAGAUAUAACUUCAACUGUAGAAUCUACAACAACAGAAGAUAUCACUGCAACUGUGGAAUCUUCAACAACAGAAUCUAUCACUACAACUUUAGGACCUACAACAACAGAAGCUUUGACUACAACUUUAGAUCCUACAACAACAGAAGGUAUAACAACAACUGUAAAACCUACAACAACGGAAUCAAUCACUACAACUGUGGAACCUUCAACAUCAGAAGCUAUCACUACAACUGUGGAACCUUCAACAUCAGAAGCUAUCACUACAAGUGUGAAACCUACAACAACCGAAGCUGCCACUACUACUUUAGAACUAACAACAGCUGGAGAUAUAACUUCAACUGUAGAACCUACAACAACGGAAGCUAUCACUACAACUGUAGAACCUACAACAACCGAAGCUGCCACUACUACUGUAGAACUUACAACAACUGAAGAUAUAACUUCAACUGUAGAAUCUACAACAACGGAAGCUAUCACUACAACUGUAGAACCUACAACAACGGAAGCUAUCACUACAACUGUGGAACCUACAACAACCGAAGCUGCCACUACUUCUUUAGAACAUACAACAACUGAAGAUAUAACUUCAACUGUAAAACCUACAACAACAGCAGCUGUAACUACAACUGUUGAAUCUACAACAACAGAAGAUAUCACUACAACUUCAGAACCUACAACAACGGAAGCCAUCACUAUAACUGUGGAACCUACAACAACCAAAGCUGCCACUACUACUGUAGAAAUUACAACAACUGAAGAUAUAACUUCAACUGUAGAACCUACAACAACACAAGCUAUCACUACAACUGUAGAACCUCCAACAGAAGCUAUUACUUCAACUGUGGAACCUACAACAACCGAAGCUGCCACUACUACUGUAGAACUUACAAUAACUGAAGAUACAACUUCAACUGUAGAACCUACAACAACAGAAGCUAUCACUACAACUGUAGAACCAACAACAACAGAAGCUAUCAGUACAACUGUGGAACCUAAAACAACCGAAGCUGCCACUACUACUGUAAAACUUACAACAACUGAAGAUAUAACUUCAACUGUAGAAUCUACAACAACGGAAGCUAUCACUACAACUGUGGAAUCUUCAACAACAGAAUCUAUCACUACAACUUUGGAACCUACAACAACAGAAGCUUUGACUACAACUGUAGAACCUACAACAACAGAAGGUAUAACUACAACUGUAAAACCUACAACAACGGAAUCAAUCACUACAACUGUGGAACCUUCAACAUCAGAAGCUAUCACUACAACUGUGGAACCUUCAACAUCAGAAGCUAUCACUACAACUGUGGAACCAACAACAACAGAAGCUAUCAGUACAACUGUGGAACCUAAAACAACCGAAGCUGCCAUUACUACUGUAAAACUUACAACAACUGAAGAUAUAACUUCAACUGUAGAAUCUACAACAACAGAAGAUAUCACUGCAACUGUGGAAUCUUCAACAACAGAAUCUAUCACUACAACUUUGGGAUUUACAACAACAGAAGCUUUGACUACAACUGUAGAACCUACAACAACAGAAGGUAUAACUACAACUGUAAAACCUACAACAACGGAAUCAAUCACUACAACUGUGGAACCUUCAACAUCAGAAGCUAUCACUACAACUGUGGAACCUUCAACAUCAGAAGCUAUCACUACAAGUGUGGAAUCUCCAACAUCAGAAGCUAUCACUACAACUGUAGAAUCUACAACAACAGAAGCCAUCACUACAACUGUAGAACCUACAACAACGGAAGCUAUCACUACAACUGUAGAACCUACAACAACAGAAGCUAUCACUACAACUGUGAAACCUACAACAACCGAAGCUGCCACUACUACUUUAGAACUAACAACAGCUGGAGAUAUAACUUCAACUGUAGAACCUACAACAACUGAAGUUAUCACUACAACUGUAGAACCUACAACAACCGAAGCUGCCACUACUACUGUAGAACUUACAACAACUGAAGAUAUAACUUCAACUGUAGAAUCUACAACAACGGAAGCUAUCACUACAACUGUAGAACCUACAACAACGGAAGCUAUCACUACAACUGUGGAACCUACAACAACCGAAGCUGCCACUACUACUUUAGAACAUACAACAACUGAAGAUAUAACUUCAACUGUAAAACCUACAACAACAGCAGCUGUAACUACAACUGUUGAAUCUACAACAACAGAAGAUAUCACUACAACUUCAGAACCUACAACAACGGAAGCCAUCACUACAACUGUGGAACCUACAACAACCAAAGCUGCCACUACUACUGUAGAAAUUACAACAACUGAAGAUAUAACUUCAACUGUAGAACCUACAACAACACAAGCUAUCACUACAACUGUAGAACCAACAACAACAGAAGCUAUCAGUACAACUGUGGAACCUAAAACAACUGAAGCUGCCACUACUACUGUAAAACUUACAACAACUGAAGAUAUAACUUCAACUGUAGAAUCUACAACAACGGAAGCUAUCACUACAACUGUGGAAUCUUCAACAACAGAAUCUAUCACUACAACUUUGGAACCUACAACAACAGAAGCUUUGACAACAACUGUAGAACCUACAACAACAGAAGGUAUAACUACAACUGUAAAACCUACAACAACGGAAUCAAUCACUACAACUGUGGAACCUUCAACAUCAGAAGCUAUCACUACAACUGUGGAACCUUCAACAUCAGAAGCUAUCACUACAACUGUGGAACCUUCAACAUCAGAAGCUAUCACUACAAAAGCUAUCACUACAACUGUGGAACCUACAACAACCGAAGCUGCCACUUCUACUAUAGAACUUACAACAACUGAAGAUAUAACUUCAACUGUAGAACCUACAACAACGGAAGCUAUCACUCCAACUGUGGAACCUACAACAACAGAAGCUAUCACUACAACUGUGGAACCUACAACAACCGAAGCUGCCACUACUACUUUAGAACUUACAACAACUGAACAUAUAACUUCAACUGUAGAACCUACAACAACGGAAGCUGUCACUACAACUGUUGAAUCUACAACAACAGAAGAUAUCACUACAACUUCAGAACCUACAACAACGGAAGCAAUCACUACAACUGUGGAACCUACAACAACCAAAGCUGCCACUACUACUGUAGAACUUACAACAACUGAAGAUAUAACUUCAACUGUAGAACCUACAACAACACAAGCUAUCACUACAACUGUAGAACCUACAACAACAGAAGCUAUCACUACAACUGUGGAACCUACAACAACCGAAGCUGCCACUACUACUGUAGAACUUACAACAACUGAAGAUACCACUACAACUGUAGAACCUACAACAACAGAAGAUAUCACUACAACUGUGGAACCUACAACAACAGAAGCUUUGACUACAACUGUAGAACCUACAACAACAGAAGGUAUAACUACAACUGUAAAACCUACAACAACGGAAUCAAUCACUACAACUGUGGAACCUUCAACAACAGAAGCUAUCACUACAACUGUAGAACCAACAACAACAGAAGCUAUCAGUACAACUGUGGAACCUACAACAACCGAAGCUGCCACUACUACUGUAAAACUUACAACAAAUGAAGAUAUAACUUCAACUGUAGAAUCUACAACAACAGAAGAUAUCACUACAACUUCAGAUCAUACAACAACGGAAGCCAUCACUACAACUGUAGAACCAACAACAACCGAAGCUGCCACUACUACUGUAGAACUUACAACAACUGGAGAUAUAACUUCAACUGUAGAACCUACAACAACGGAACCUACAACAACAGAAGAUAUCACUACAAAUUUAGAACAUACAACAAUGGAAGCCAUCACUACAACUGUAGAACCUACAACAACCAAAGCUGCCACUACUAAUGUAGAACUUACAACAACUGAAGCUAUCACUACAACUGUGGAACCUACAACAACUGAAGAUAUAAUUAUAACUGUAGAUCCUACAACAACGGAAGCUAUCACUACAACUGUAGAACCUACAACAACAGAAGAUAUCACUACAACUGUGGAACCUACAACAACAGCAGCUGCCACUACUACUGUAGAACUUACAACAACUGAAGAUAUAUCUUCAUCUGUAGAACCUACAACAACGGAUGCUAUCACUACAACUGUAGAACCUAAAACAACAGAAGCUAUCACUACAGCUGUGGAACCUACAACCACCGAAGCUGCCACUACUACUUUAGACAUUACAACAACUGAAGAUACAACUUCAACUGUAGAACCUACAACAACAGCAGCUGUCACUACAACUGUUGAAUCUACAACAACAGAAGAUAUCACUACAACUUUAGAACCUACAACAACAGAAGCUAUCACUACAACUGUGGAACCUACAACAACCGAAGCUGCCACUACUACUGUAGAACUUACAACAACUGAAGAUAUAACUUCAACUGUAGAACCUACAACAAUGGAAGCUAUCAUUACAACUGUAGAACCAACAACAACAGAAGCUAUCACUACAACUCUAGAACCUACAACAACCGAAGCUGUCACUACUACUGUAGAAAUUACAACAACUGAAGAUAUAACUUCAACUAACCUACAACAACCGAAGCUGCCACUACUUCUAACGUACAACAACAGAAGCUAUCACUACAACUCUAUCACUACAACUGUAGAACCUACAACAACCCAAGCUGCCACUACUACUGUAGAACUUACAACAACUGAAGAUAUAACUUCAACUGUAGACCCUACAACAACAGAAGCUAUCACUACAACUGUUGAAUCUACAACAACAGAAGAUAUCACUACAACUUUAGAACAUACAACAACGGAAGCCAUUACUACAAAUGUAGAACCAACAACAACCGAAGCUGCCACUACUACUGUAGAACUUACAACAACUGAAGAUAUAACUUCAACUGUAGAACCUACAAGAACGGAAGCUAUAACUACAACUGUAGAACCUACAACAACAGAAGCUAUCACUACAACUGUGGAACCUACAACAACCGAAGCUGCCACAACUUCUGUAAAACUUACAACAACUGAAGAUAUAACUUCAACUGUAGAACCUACAACAACAGCAGCUGUCACUUCAACUGUUGAAUCUACAACAACAGAAGAUAUCACUACAACUUUAGAACAUACAACAACGGAAGCCAUCACUACAACUGUAGAUUUUACAACAACCGGAGCUGCCACUACUACUGUAGAACUUACAACAACUGAAGAUAUAACUUCAACUGUAGAACCUACAACAACGGAAGCUAUCACUACAACUGUAGAACCUACAACAACAGAAGCUAUCACUACAACUGUGGAACCUACAACAACAGAAGCUGCCACUACUAAUGUAGAACUUACAACAACUGAAGAUAUAAUUUCAACUGUAGAACCUACAACAACGGAAGCUAUCACUACAACUGUAGAACCAACAACAACAGAAGCUAUCACUACAACUGUAGAACCUACAACAACAGCAGCUGCCACUACUACUGUAGAACUUACAACAACAGAAGAUAUCACUACAACUUUAGAACCUACAACAACAGAAGCUAUCACUACAACUGUGGAACCUACAACAACCGAAGCUGCCACUACUACUGUAGAACUUACAACAACUGAAGAUAUAACUUCAACUGUAGAACCUACAACA